AAUUCAGGAAUCAGUCAGCCGCACUAUUCGUCAGUUUUUCAUUCAGUGAAAAAGUUGUCUUGAUAUUUUGCUGCUGAGUUGUUUUAAAAAUUAUCAAUAAAUAGACAUACGUGCCCGUGUUGUGUUGAUGAAAUAAAACGGUGUGUUAAGAUAUAACAGUGGUUAGAUAAUGGAAGACAAAUUAAUGUUAGAAGAUUUGUCUAGCCCCUUGCAAGAACGGGUGUUUUUCGCUGCCAGAGAUGGAAUGUCUUUAACCCUUUACGCUUUAUUAUACGAGAAAAACACAGAUGAAAUUGACGAGUUAUUAAAUAGCGACAUAUGUUGUGAUGGAGUAAAGUGCACACCGUUGAUAGCAGCAGCUAGACAUGGGCGGGAAGGUGCCGUCCGCAUCUUGCUGGAGAAGUUCCGCCCACCAGUCAGGACUGAGACAGAAGGCACUGUCAAAUUCGAUGAAUAUGUUAUUGAAGGAGCCACGGCGCUAUGGUGUGCAGCAGGGGCGGGGCACCUCGGCAUCGUGAAGCGACUGGUCAGAGCUGGUGCCAACGUGAACCAUGCCACCAAAACACUAAGCACGCCCCUCAGAGCCGCCUGCUUUGACGGAAGACUGGAUAUUGUCAAGUACUUGGUCAGGCAUGGAGCAGACGUACACAAGGCUAACAAGUACAACAAUACUUGUUUGAUGAUAGCAGCGUAUAAAGGACAUUUGGAUGUGGUAAAGUUUUUACUAGACAGCGGCGCACGAGUCGACGAGCGAGCGUUAUGCGGUGCGACGGCGCUACACUUCGCGGCGGAGUGCGGGCACGUCGCAGUCGUAUGCGCACUCAUUGACCACCACGCCAAGAUACUUACCAAUGAAAAUGGUAUGACACCGUUACAAUGCGCGGCGGAGCGUGCGCGUGCGUCGGUAGUGGAGAUGUUGGCAGUCCGGCCCGAGGUGACGCGGGCGCAGGCCAUCGAGGCGUUCGAACUGCUCGGGGCUUCCUUCGCGAACGACAAGGAGUACUAUUGCCUUAGGAUGGCGUACCAGUACUUACACAGAGCGAUGACGAUGCGGUAUGACACUCGAUAUGGCCUUCUAUUGAAGAAACCAGCUGAUCCUAUACCAGCGUACGACAACUGGAAGGAGAGUACUACGAUAGAGGAGGUGGAGGCGCUGGUGGGCAACGCGCACGCGCUGCACAUGGAGGGGCUGGCCGUGCGCGAGCGCGUGCUGGGCGCGCGCUGCCCCGACCUGCCGCACCCCAUCGUCUUCCGCGGCGCCGUCUUCGCCGACGAGGCGCGCUUCGACCGCUGCCUCGCGCUCUGGAGGCACGCGCUGCAUCUAAGGCAGCAUAACGAGGUCUCGGUCGUGAAGGACCUGCUUAGAUUUGCUCAAGUGUUCUCACAAAUGAUACACAUUGGAAUUGAACUACCUCUUGCACAGGUGUGUUUCGUGUUAGAAGCAUGCGCAGAAGAGCUGCGCAGAGGCACGAAACGUUUAGAGAAGCCACAAAUAAAUCAUGAUCCGGAAUCCUUAGUAGACGAGUACGAGAGCAACGUGCGCACGGCGCUCUACCUCGUCGCCGUCGCCGCCAGGCUGCUCGACAACGCUGAUAACUGUGAGGACACAACAAGCUUAGUGCGGCGUGCAAUAUUCAGACUGCGGAACGUGCGCUUACGCAGCGGGCAGACGUUACUCCAUCUAGCGGCCGACAGGCGGACACCCGUCGACGACUUCCAUACCAGUGAUGUGUGCCAGUUCCCGUGCGUGCGCACGACGCGGCUGCUCCUGGAGUGCGGCGCGGAGGUGGACGCGGCCGACGACUCGCGCCGCACCGCGCUGCAUGUCGCGCUCAUCUCCUACCAACUCACUACUGAUGAACGGGAGCAGUGGAGCGAGUCUCUAUGCGCAGUGGUAUGUGAGCUACUGGUGGCGGGGGCACAUGUCGACGCCAUGGACGCCGAUGGAAUCACGCCACUCGUCGCCUCUAUCGGAGGUCCAGCAGAAUCAGUAGUCCGUGGAGCCCUACGGCCGCGCCUGUCGUGCCUGGCGGCCGGAGCCCUGGCGUGCGCGGGGGCGCGCUACCGACCAGACCACGUGCCCCGCGACCUGCACGCCUUCCUCACCAUGCACGGCGUCAGACCCUACCACUAACACAAGUAACUACUUCUACUCUACAUCAGUAUCAUCAACAUCGUGGGAGUCCACUGCUGGGGCCUUAGUCUGCUAUUACAA